AUGGUAUGCUAUGCUACAACUAAAGGUCGUCAGAUCGAUAGGAUUAUUGGGAUUUGGCUCAGCGGUGUUGAACUGUUCAGAUGCUGCACAACUCAACCUAGAGCCAGAGGGAUUGUUUGGACUGUGAAGAAGGACAUUACUAGGUAUUAUUCAUUGGUUAUGUCCAAUCAAACACAAAUCCUUGCUGUUUAUUUGGGAAAUAAGCAUGAUAGUGAUCAAAAUGGUGUAUACCAUGUGAAUAUCAGUAUUCAUUAUUAUCCCCCUGAGAAGAAAACCAAAACCAACACAGAAACGACAACUCUACAUGUUAAUUCAGAUCAAGAUCAUGGGUAUAAGGAAUGGGCUGAUUUGAUUAUACCCAUUUCACAAAACAUACCAUUGGACGAUGCAUUAUGGUUCAAAAUCUAUAAUUCAAAUGACGUAAAGACAAAACAGUUUGCGAUUCCCCCAAAUGCAUAUAGGGCUGUUCUUGAAGUGUAUGUUUCAGUUGAUGAAGCCGAUGAGUUGUGGCCUAAAAAUCUCCCUAAUGACUAUAUUUCUUCUAAUAAUAUAACUGGGCAACCUGGUAAUGGACCUUUUAGAGAGGUUGUUGUAAGCUUAGAUGGAAAUAUAGUUGGUGCAGUUUGGCCUUUUACUGUAGUUUUCACAAAAGCUAUUAAUCCGUACUUAUGGGACAAAUUAGUGCGAUUGGAUCAUUUGAUCUCCCUUCAUAUGAUAUUGAAAUCACUCCGUUUCUUGGAUCACUUUUAA